CGCCCACCCCCGGCGCGGCCCCUCCGCCCUUAUAGCGGCGGGGGCGGGGGCAGCUGCACUCGGCCGGCGGCGGCACGCGCAGAUCUUUGAACCCACGCUGAAUCAUCGCCAACUUGGUUCAAGAUGCCGCCGGCCAUCGGAGGCCCCGUGGGCUACACUCCUCCUGAAGGAGGAUGGGGAUGGGCUGUGGUCAUCGGAGCCUUCAUCUCCAUCGGGUUUUCCUAUGCCUUCCCCAAAUCCAUCACAGUGUUCUUCAAAGAAAUUGAGGUCAUCUUCAAUGCAUCCAGCAGCAAAGUCUCCUGGAUCUCCUCUAUCAUGCUGGCUGUUAUGUACGGAGGAGGUCCCAUCAGCAGCAUCCUGGUGAACAAGUACGGCAGCCGACCCAUCAUGAUCGCGGGAGGCUGCCUCUCCGGCUGUGGGCUGAUCGCAGCGUCCUUCUGCAACACGGUGGAGGAGCUCUACUUCUGCGUGGGAGUUGUAGGGGGCCUUGGACUCGCCUUUAACUUGAACCCAGCCUUAACCAUGAUUGGCAAGUACUUCUUCAAGAAGCGUCCCCUGGCCAAUGGGCUGGCGAUGGCGGGCAGCCCCGUCUUCCUCUCCACCCUGGCGCCCAUCAACCAGCUCUUCUUUGGCAUCUUUGGCUGGCGUGGCAGCUUCCUCAUCCUCGGCGGUCUCUUGCUGAACUGCUGCGUUGCUGGAUCCCUGAUGAGGCCCAUUGGCCCUAAACCAGAUCAACUGAAGAAAGAAGCCAACAAGGAGGUGCUGCAAGAAGCUGGAAAGGUGGUGAAAAAGGACGACGGUGACACCAGCGCAGACCUCAUUGGUGGAAAGGCCAAGAAAGAGAAGACCACGCUUCUCCAGACGAUCAACAAGUUCUUGGACCUGUCGCUGUUCACGCACCGGGGCUUCCUGCUCUAUCUCUCGGGCAACGUGAUCAUGUUCUUUGGGCUCUUCACUCCCUUGGUUUUCCUCAGUAAUUAUGCAAAGAGCAAGAAGAUUGCUAACGAAUCUGCAGCCUUCCUGCUCUCCAUCUUGGCUUUCGUAGACAUGGUGGCCAGACCUUCCAUGGGACUGGUGGCAAACACCAAGUGGAUCAGACCCAGAGUCCAGUAUUUCUUUGCUGUCUCCGUCAUUUACAACGGGGUGUGCCACCUCCUGGCUCCCAUGUCCACCACCUACGCCGGCUUCUGCAUUUACGCUGGUUUCUUUGGCUUUGCCUUCGGCUGGCUGAGCUCGGUCCUGUUUGAGACCCUGAUGGACCUGGUGGGAGCACAGCGUUUCUCCAGCGCUGUUGGCCUGGUGACCAUCGUGGAGUGCUGCCCUGUGCUGCUGGGACCCCCUCUGCUAGGGAAACUCAAUGACAUGUACGGUGACUACAAAUACACGUACUGGGCCUGCGGGAUCAUCCUCAUCGUCUCUGGGAUCUACCUCUUCAUCGGCAUGGGCAUCAACUACCGCCUGGUGGCAAAGGAGCAGAAGGCGGAGGAGAAGGCGAGGAAGGAAGGGAAGGAGGAGGAGACCAAUGUUGACGAGGCAGAGAAGCAGAAAGAGGCAAACAACGACGUGGCUCCCUCGCCUCAGAAGAGCGCGGAGGAUGGCGUCAAAGAGGAGGAGAGCCACAUGUGAGGGACCGGUCUCAAUCCCGGAGUGUCGGGGAAGCGCCGCUGCCCUGGUGCGGCGGUUAGGGCAGUGCUCCGCUGGCGCUGGGCGGCCGUGAGAAGUGUUUAAACCAGGGGUUCAUUUUAACCAGGCUCUGAACUGUUUUUUUUCCAUCUGUGUUCAACAAAGGUAACAGGGCUACAUGCGCAGUAUCCUCGUGUCGGGGGGCAGGGGGGCUUUUAUAGUCGGGCUUUUUAACAGUAUCAUGAAUGUACUAAUCUCAUGUGCCUUACAGCCUUCGUACUUAGCUGAAUCUGGACGAGCCUUAACUCUAAACCGUGCUUUAGCUCUGUAUUCUGCUCAAGAGGGGGGUAUGGGGUGGGGGGGGUGUGUGUGUGUACGCGUGUGUUUUGGGAGAGUUUUUGUUGUUAAAAAGCCAUAAAAAGCAGGAUACUGGGUUUGUUGGAGCACGAUGGGCUUCAGGGCCACCCCGGAUGAAUCCUGCUUCACACGCUUCUUACCGCGGGCCCUUCGUGGAGGGGGAGAUCGGCACGGGGCAGGGUGGUGUCCGGUUCCCGUGCCGGGCGCCUCCUGGCUCUGUAGGUGGUCUUUAGGUAUGUUUUGAAAACACUUUAGCUACUGUAGUUCUUUAAAAAUCCCUCUUUUGUAGUUGUGCUUUCAUGGGAUAUUGGGGUUGGAGAAGGGCGGCUGUGGUUGGGCGGCAUUGGCUGUCCCAGUGUGCCCAGUACCCACAGUUGAGCCCUCACUGGGGUGGACUGGGGUCCUGCUGUGCCCCCCAACUGCCCCAUCAGUGCCUCUUCUCAGCCGGACGAUGGAUGAUGUGGAACGGGGUGUGAUGGUCGGGGGAUGCUCUUGGUCCCCCCGCAGGGUGGGUUCCACCCGAGCAUCGGGAGUGCCGCCGGGUGCUGGGCUGGUGGAGAUGGUGCAUCCCUGAGACAGACCUUCUGCUUUCGCUCUUCUAUCUCCUAGAGAAACCUCUUUUACUUGCUUCUGUUCAACUGAGACCUUAAGGCGGCGGAUGCCAAACCACUCACAUCAUGUAAGGGGGGAGGAAAGAAUUUGUACGUAUUUAUUUUUUAUUUUUUAGUG